AUGAAAUUCAUCAUUUUAAUCGCUUGUGCUUUCUUCGCCGUGGCUCUAGCCGCUCCAGCCGAGACGCAACCCGAACCUGUGAAGAUUUUACGUUCGGAUAUUAAUCAAGAAACCGAUGGCUCCUACAGUGUUGUUAUUGAAACUGAUGACGGUUACAAGCGUCAGGAAAAUGGUGAAAUCCGGGAGGUCCCGAACGAAGAGGGCAAGCUCGUUAAAGUCAUAGUUGUGCGCGGCUCUUACGUCUACAACGACCCUAAUGGCCAACCCCAGAGCAUCACCUACAUUGCUGACGAGAACGGUUUCCAAGCUGAGGGCCCCUCCAUUCCCAAAAACCCCGAACCUUAA